UAGACAUAGUUUUAUGAGCCUUUUAUUUUUAGAGUGGCAUAUGCGAUUCACGUCGGUCCCCUAUACACCUUUAUUUGAAUAACACAGAAGUAGGUUUCUGUCUACUUCCUUCCUUCCUUCAUUGUUUCUGCGGCAAACAUGCGAGUUAUUUUUCCACAAUUGAAAAAAAAAAUCAAAUUGAAAAACAAAGAUUUCUUCAACACCCGUAAUCAGUCAAAGGGUUAAAAGAUGUCGUUAAGAAUCGGCCACUCUAGAAUCGGCCACUCUAGAAUCACUCGAAUUUAUCUCUACAAUCCCUUCAAAGUAAAAGCCUUCAAGCUACAGCCCAGUGAUAGAAAACCCAAACCAGUUUUAACUCCGGAGAAAAGCCGUGAAGAAAAGUUUGGAGAAAAUAGAAAUAAAUAUGCGAUUGAACAUCAGCACUCGGCAACCAAAGUUAUUGCGAAGGACUAUUUUGGAAGAACUUUUAUCAAGCAUCAUUGGGAGAGCACCGUAGAAAGGAACCAGGGGGAUCAGGGUAGAGAUCAGAGUAGAGAUCUAAAACUGAUCCAAAGACUAAAUGUGCUAACAGAUAACACUAUUAAACUAUAUCCUAACCUGGAGAAAGAAACAGUAAAGGCAUGGAAAAGGGCACACCUAAGUAAGUCUCAGGAGUUUUCCAAGUAUAAAAAUCUGAUUGAAAGCUCUGCAGAGCUAAAGACACCAGAUAACUACAAGAUAUCAAAGAAUGGCAAGAAGUCUCCAGUAAGGUAUUCAAGUAGAACAAUAGAGCUAGCGGUCAUCACGGAUCCGAGUAUCUUUAUGGAGGUCAAGGCAAGAAUGCUCCAUGGAAAAGGGAAAGAUAAAGAUGUUAUAACAGAAGUGUACAGAUUGAUUCAUGAAUUAAUGAAAGCUGCAGAAACGUUUCUUUUACAUCCGACAAUAUCCCGCCACGGAGGAUUUAAAAUAAACAUCAAUGGAGUCAGAGUUCUAAAGGUUUGGGGCGAGCUGGGGAAAAUGUCUAAAAGAAAUCUUCUUUUAUCCGUUCUGCAUGAUUUAGGAAACUACUUAAAGAUUAUCAAUCAGCACUGGGACGCUGACCAGCACAGCUAUGACGGGGUGAUUCUCUUUACAGGAAAUACUAAUUAUACGGAUGGAGAUGGUGAGAUCAAUUAAAGUGAUUAUUUACUU